AUGGACCCAAGAAAGAGAGUCAAAUUGCAAUAGUAUGAUAAUGAGGAGGAUAUGGAAUAUGAUGAUGAUAGAAAUGAUGAAUAAUAGGACAUGUAAUUCAGAGAAUAGAAUACUGAAUUAUUUGAUGAACGACAAUUAAGGGAAAUGAUAUUUCAAUUGGAAAAUAAUUACAAACUCAACUCUGAUUUGAGAAUGAGGUAUCCAAACCAACCUGAUAAAUUCAUUGAUUCAGAAGUUGACUUAGAUGAGGACUUACGAAAACUUCUCAUCUUACCUGCAUAUCCCCAAUUAUAUCCAAUAUUUUAUAGCAGCAGUGCUGUUCCAAUAGUGAUCCAAUUGCUAUUACACAAUAAUCAGUCUAUUUCGAAUGAUGUCAUUUAAUUUUUGAAGGAAUUGGUGGCACCUGAAAAUGAUGUUGAACCUAAAAUAAUUAUUCAAUUAUACGAUUGCCUCAUCCGAAAUUAUUUGAUUGAAUCAUUGGGUGAGUUGAUUGGAAAGAACGAAGAGAAAUCUCAAGAGGAAGUUAAUCUAUUGCAUGAUUGCUUUGAAGUAAUUGAAAACAUGGUGGAUAUCAAAUCAUCAAUAAGCAAAGAGAUUGGUCUUCGAUCCAAAAUCAUCUAAUAUCUAGUGAAAAGAGUGGAAGAUAACAGUCAAAAUUUGGAUGACAACAGACUCUAUGCUUCUGAAUUAUUGGUGGAACUUACUCAGUAGACAAAGGAGAACUUGGAAAUCAUAGGGAGAAGCGGUGGAAUCGAAAGUUUAUUGAUGGUCUUGAAUUAAUACAGAAAGAAAGAUCCAGAAACAGCAGAAGAGAAGGAAAUAUUAAAUAAUGUAUAUGAUUUACUUACAUUACUGUUGAUCUAAGAAGAAAAUUAAGAUUAUUUUCAAAGUUACGAAGGAUUACAAUUAAUGAUCAAGAUCAUUUAAGGAAAGACAUCCCAAUCUAUAAGAGCGUAUAGUUUAAUGCUUUUGGCUAUUAAUAAUCAUAAGGAGAACUGCUAGAAGUUAAUUUAAAUAGGAGGAUUAUCCAUCAUAUUCCCAAUCCUAGAAAGAAAGGGACUAAAACACAAGGAUAAAAAUAAACAAUUUGAAAUUGAUGAAACUACUGUUUAGAUUAUCAAAUAGUUGCUUAGGAGAAACACUGAUGCCACUUUCAAAUAGAGAGUGUUUGACAAAUGCGUUGAAAAAUUAGAGAGUCUCAGAAAACUCAGAAAGGAAUAUGUGGAGGUGAUUCCCUUGAUUGAUCCGGAGGAGUAUGAUGAUUUAGAUGAAAAACAAUUAGAGAAAAUCUAUUUCGAUUUGUUGGGGAAGGGAUUAAUUGUUAUCGAGUCGAUCGAUGUCAUCUUAUUGGAAUUAAUUUAUAAAGAUUUGGAUGUGUAAAUAGAUUAAUAGGAAAUCGUUAGCUCAGUGAAGCAAAUGCUCAAAUACACUGGAGAAAAGGAAGAUAUUGAUUACUAUAACCCUCUUCUUUAGAAAUUUUAAGUGAAUCUAUAAUGA